AACGUAGGAGUUGACGUGUUUAGUUGGAUUUGUAGUAUAAAAUACAGAUAACACAGGGUACAAUUGCAAGCAAUGCUAAUACAAAGAACAAAAGACGCUGCUAAAACUUGAAUGCUUUCUGCUUCGUUAUUACUUCAUGUAAAACUUUGAUCAUUUGCGACUUAUUCAUAUUUAACACCGAGUUUUUUAGAGGCUGUACAUGAAAAAAGGGGUGGGACGUACGAAGAAGCAGCAUCCAACAAGCUCAGAUCGGCUUGCUCAACUUCACCACAUGGUUAGUGUGGAUUAAUCUGGAACUCAAAGAACAUUGGUCUAAACAUUAUGGUCAGCUGGACUGCUGCCACGGAUAUAUAAAAUCCUACAUGAUUCAAAUUGGAUAAAUGAUUCACACGGAUUUACCAAAUUCUACCAAAGCCUCUGGUCAAACAUUUAAUUGAUUACAAAUUUUAUUGCUCAGACUCUCUGGACCUUCAGAAGAAACAGUGAUUAUUGCCAUGACUCAGCACUGGAGCUGAGGAGGUACACUUGAAUGGAACUAUGAAUAACUGCUUGGAGGUUACUGUGAAUGGAUCAACUCAAACAGUCAUCCCUUCUAAACAAGAGUUUUUUCACGGAGCAUACAUCACAGCUGAAGUAACGAUAUCCAUUCUGGCUAUAACUGGAAAUCUACUGGUUUGCAUUGCGGUGGGACGCAAUAAGAAGCUUCGUACUGUCACCAACUACUUCUUGGUUUCUUUAGCAGCAGCUGAUUUCUUUGUAGGUACACUGGCCAUUCCCUGUGCUAUUAUGACAGACCUGGGUUUCCCCCACAAUAAUGUAUACCUGUGUGCUACUGUUGUGUACAUGCUUAUCAUGCUAACCCAGAGCUCUGUCUUCAGCCUGCUGGCGAUAGCCAUUGAGCGCUAUGUUGCCAUCCUGUUGCCGUUCCACUACCAGAGGCUCUUGAAGCCAAGGAUCGCUAGGCUAGUCAUACUGCUAACCUGGAUUCUCGCUUUUCUUUUGAGCUCAGUGCCACUGCUAGGCUUUCAAAAGCGAUCCAGACAUAUCAGCUACUGCUUCUUUGCCUGUGUGGUGGACAUUGCCUUCAUGGUCUACUUCAACUUCUUUGGUUGUGUUCUAAUUCCCCUGCUGACAAUGUUUUUCAUUUAUGUUCACAUUUUCAUAACCGUGAGGAAGCAGGUGAGACGCAUUGCAGCGUUACGCAGUGCAUUAGAAGCGCAAGCUAGGCAAAAUUCAGCUAUGAGACGUGAAGCGAAAAAGGCCACCUCGAUUUUCCUGCUCAUCUUCCUGUUUGUGCUUUGCUGGAUGCCAAUUCACAUUUUGAAUUGCAUGCAGCAGUUCAGUCCACACUUCACAGUGCCAUUGCCACUUAUUUUGACAGCAAUCAUCCUUUCCCAUGCCAAUUCAGCCAUUAACCCUCUGCUCUAUGCCUACAGGAUGAAAUCAUUCCGUCAGGCUUUCAAAGCCAUUUUUCUUUGUUGUCGUGUUACUCCUCCACUGUCUGAUACUACUGACAGCAUUGGGACUUCAAAAAAAAACACAAACGCAAGAUAAUAUUGGCAUGUGCAACAGUAGUCUUACUAAGAAACUACUUAUAAGAAGAAAUAGUGAGAGAUUCAUGUAACAAAAUACUUGGUACAUACUGUAAAAGCUUACAUAAUUUUACUUGGCAAGGUUAGUGUCAGUGUUUUAGUGUCGUUAUACAAAAGUCUGUAAGUAAAAUAUUGAACAGAUAAUUAGUUCUAAAUGAAUGCAAAUUAGAGGGGGAAAGGUGGCUUAGUGGUUAGCACGUUCGCCUCACACCUCCACGGUCGGGGUUUGAUUCCCACCUCCACCUUGUGUGUGUGGAGUUUGCAUGUUCUCCCCGUGCCUCGGGGGUUUCCUCCAGGUACUCCGGUUUCCUCCCCCGGUCCAAAGACAUGCAUGGUAGGUUGAUUGGCAUCUCUGGAAAAUUGUCCGUAGUGUGUAAUUGCGUGAGUGAAUGAGAGUGUGUGUGUGUGCCCUGCGAUGGGUUGGCACUCUGUCCAGGGUGUAUCCUGCCUUGAUGCCCGAUGAUGCCUGAGAUAGGCACAGGCUCCCC